AUGGACGCGAUCGAAGUCACCGAGAAGCAACGCCAGCAGCUCGAAGCUUCCGUCGCGAAGCUUCGAAAGGCACUCAAGCAUUGGCAGAUUCAGUCUGCCGAAUACGAAGGGCUCAAAGAAGAGCUCUUAUCGCUCCCAAAAACCGCUGGUAGGGAUAAAAUCCUUGCCAUCGCAGACGAUUUCGGUGGCGAUGUUGUCACCAGAGCAGAGAUCACCUCCUUCCUAGGGGAUAAGGAGGGGAUCAAACGUGGACCGGCGCAGGUUGCUGAGGCAGUCAGGCACCGAAUAGACUACAUUCAAGAGAACGUCGACAAAAUCGAGAAGCAACUCGAAAUUGGCGAGGCGACAUUGGAUAAUGUCAGAAUCAUCAAGAACUCCGGGCAAUUGACGAACGAGGAAGGAUUGCCUGUCAUGAAUAUCAGGGAGGACUUGGAUGAGAGAGGUGUGGUUAUCAAAUCGGGCGUUAAUCCCGCCGCCAGAGGAUCUGCCAAACCGUUCAACGUCACCGCGGCAAUCGAAAGCUUCCAGCCGUUGGUCGAUACAUUGUCGAAGAAGCAGAAAGAGAAGGAGAAGUCGGAGGCUACGAAACCGCAAGAGAAGUCUAAGACAGCUAGUAGCACAGCUUCCAAAUCUACACCCUCUAAACCACCCACCUCGGAAAAGAAACCCCCAUCACAAGAUGCAAUCCAGCAAAAGCCGAAACCGACGGUCCAACCCAAGACCCCGAAGCGUAUUCAAUCGACAGAGAAGGAAUACUCCGUACAAACUGGAAUGGUUUUGACCGAAAAACGAGUUAAGGCAAAACUCGUCCCGGACGUCAAAGAGGAUGUACCACAACCCGCCACCAGAGAGGAGGUAUCCGUCAGGGAGAUCAUUUCAGCUAUACCGGAACCUGCAUCUUACAUGAACACACCCGAGCAAGCCAACCCUGGGACCCCGCAAAAGGAAGGGAUCGCAAGGAUCAGGGUUCUAGACGAUUCAGAUGACGAUCUAGAUGAAGAUUCCGAGGAUCCGUUCAACAGCUUGCCAACCGUCGAAGAAUCGGAAGAAGAGGCCCAAAUGAGGGAAGAAAUGAUCAAAUACAACAUGCGAGAAAUGAAUAACAUCGUUGCUGAGAUUGAAUUGGAAGAGGACGAUGAAGAGGACGAUGACGAAGAUUAUGACGACGAAGAGGACGAAGAGGAUGACAAUGAAGGAGAGGACGAGAACGAGGAUCAAUGGGGUCGAUCAAAAGGCCGUCUGGUCUCGGAUAAAGUCAGACGAGAGAUGAUGAAGCUCCAGAAAAAGAUCGAAGCCAGAGACAAGGCAGCUCAAGUCGCAGCCGAAGUCGAAGAGGAUUCGAAAGCUCUGGCUGCCAAUACAGAACAAAACAAAGAAAUCGCCUCCCCAGCAGAGGAGCCUAAAAAGAAGAAAAAAUCAUCAGAGAAAAAGGGUGUCCGCUUCGCAGAAGAGCUCGAUAUCGCCCCAGCUCCAACCCCGAUUUCAAAGCCUCCUUCCAACGCUUCUGAACUUAUCGGUAAUGAAUUUGAUGAUGAAGACAUCGAUCCGAGUAUCCUUGACAUGAUUUUUGGUCCAGGCACCGCGGAUCAGGAAGCUCGCUACUUCCAAAACACCACCGAGCAGCCCAAGAAGAAGCUCCCCUCCCUCUUUAGAGCCGCCAGACAAGUCCAGAAGGCAAAGGAACAAUCUGCCAUAGAAAAGGCCCCUCCAGCAAUAUCCGGGGUCGUUGAAAAAGUUCCACCACCACCAGGUUCUUAUGAAAUUAUCGAACGGGAACCAUCCACCACUACUCCAACAGCUCCAAAGCCAUCGGGUAAAAUGCCUACUCGCAAAAUAACCCCUUCCAAAGCCACAGCCAAACAAAGCCAAAAGGAACCAACCCCAGAAACCUCCACCAUUCUCGACCCCCUCGGCGCCGAACUCUCAGAUGAAGAUCGCCCAAUCAUGGCUGCAUCCGUCAUCGAACGUGCACCAACUUGGGAAGCCCCAUCAACCCUCGAAAGAGCCCCCCCAACCGUCCCCGAUGAACUCGACCCAGAAUUCCAUCAACGCGAAGUCACCAAUGCAUACUAUUCCAUGCGUAACAAGCUAAUACAACGUCAAGGUGGCUAUGUCGAAACCGAGGAGGAAAAGAUGGAAGUUCCCAUCGACGAGAAUUUGGAGAAGAAGAAGGUUAGUAGGUUCAAGGCUGGAAGGGUUAAGAACCAAAUGCCAUAA